GGAGGCGCCUCGCUUCCCCCCUCGCGCCCGCCACCCCUGCUCUUCCCCGUCCCGGGCCAGGAUGACUGGAGUCUUUGACAGUUUGGUGGCUGACAUGCACUCGACCCAGAUCACGGCCUCCAGCACGUUCCACCAGCCCCAGCAGCCCCCGAGCGGAGGCGGCGCGGGCCCCGGCAGCAGCCUCCACAAGCCCCAGGAGUCGCCGACCCUCCCGGUGUCCACGGCUACCGACAGCAGCUACUACACCAACCAGCAGCACCCGGCGGGCGGCGGCGGCGGCGGGGGCUCGCCCUACCCGAACAUGGGUUCCUACCAGUACCACGCCAGCGGCCUCAGCAACGUCCCUUAUUCCACCAAGAGUGGCUACGACCUGGGAUACACCGCCUACACCUCUUACGCGCCCUAUGGGACAAGUUCGUCCCCGGCCAACAACGAACCUGAGAAAGAGGACCUCGAGCCUGAAAUUCGGAUCGUGAACGGGAAGCCAAAGAAAGUCCGGAAACCCCGCACCAUCUACUCCAGCUUCCAGCUGGCGGCUCUUCAGCGGCGUUUCCAAAAGACUCAGUACCUGGCGCUGCCCGAGCGAGCUGAGCUGGCCGCGUCCCUGGGCCUCACCCAGACCCAGGUCAAAAUCUGGUUCCAGAACCGCCGGUCCAAGUUCAAGAAGAUGUGGAAAAGCGGUGAGAUCCCCUCGGAGCAACACCCUGGGGCCAGCGCCUCGCCGCCGUGUGCUUCGCCGCCGGCCUCGGCGCCGGCCUCCUGGGACUUCGGCGCGCCGCAGCGGAUCGGGGGCGGCGGCGGCGGCCCGGGCAGCGGCGGGAGCGGCGCGGGCAGCUCGGGCUCCAGCCCCAGCAGCGCGGCCUCGGCUUUCCUGGGCAGCUACCCGUGGUACCCCCAGGCCUCGGGCUCGGCCUCCCAUCUGCAGGCCGCGGCGCCGCUGCUGCACCCCACCCAGACCCCGCAGCCACACCACCACCAUCACCACCACCACCACCACCACCACCCAGGCGGCGGGGGCGCCCCGGUGAGCGCCGGGACGAUUUUCUAACCCCGGGAGACUGCGCCAGAGACUGAGAGCAGAGACCCGUUAUCCUCAGUGCUCGCCCCCAAGCCAGAGGGGGGUCUCUCCAGCCGGCUCGCCGAUGCCACCCCUGCCGGGGGUGGUGGCCCGGGAUGGCCUGCCCCGAGCCCUGCUCCCUUGUGCGGCCACUGAGCCCCCGGGAAUUGGAAGGCUCCUCUCGGAGGUCCCGGGUAGCUGCGUGGUGAAGGCCGCGGGCCACGGCCGCCCUGCCGACCGGAGCCCCGCCUCAGACCUGCCUCUGCUCUGCUCUCCUCCCCUCCCUGCGAGGCUGUCCGGCGCCGUCCUCGCCGCGGGCAGCGCGCUGGGUCCGGGAAAGGACUCCUCCCCCGCCCGCCAGGCCUCCCGGGCGCUCUGAAGCUCCUUUCUCCUCGCCGGCCCCCGGGCUCCGCGCAGUCCGCCCGGGUGGUUGACCCCGGCGUCCUGCCCGCCCGCCCCCACACACCCUUGUGACCCGGCCGCCCGCCCGCCCGCCGCUUUUUUCUGCUCUGCCGUUCCCAGCCCGCGGAGCUCUCUCCCAGCCGCGAACUCUCCCCUGAGCUCUCUCCUCAUCCAUCACCAGUGGAGUUUUUAUUUUUAUUUUUUAAAAGUUUAGGUGCCUUUGCGGAUGACCUCAUUUUGAUGUUGGGGGGAAAAUGAUUUUUUAAUAUGUGGACACUGCAAAAAAAUGUGUUUAAAUUAUCUUUUUUAAAACCUAUUCAGGGUUAUUAGCCGGGACUUCGACAUAGAGUUUGUAAAUAAAGGUGUCCGUGCAGGUUUCCCCACUGAUGUAUUUGUAUAAAAUACUCAUCUUUUCAGACUGUUUUGUAAACCCUCACUUGUGAACUCUCCGGUUUAGCAGUGACCUCAGCAACCCCUCCGUUUUAUUUGUCCCUUAAAAAUGUUCUCAGUUAAGCUAAGCUACUGAUUUGGAUUUGUUAUAUCUUAUCCUGAAGUCUUUGUUCUUGAAAUGAAAGGUAUUUGGGGGUUAUUUAUUAUGAAAACAACAUGCUCUUCAUGUUGACUUUACACUAUGAAUAUAUUAUUUAAAUAAAUUAUUGUUUUCAUUG